AUGAAUCCGUCCAGCAAUGGCGCGCGGUCAGCGUCCACACUGCGAAAUUGGAGUGAGCUUCUGCUUGAGAAUGCGCGUCUUCAAGUUCUAAAAAGACGAGCCGUCGGUGCGGAGGACUUCUCCGAAGCUGGACGGAUCAAGAGGGCAGAGGCGGCGCUCGCCCCGCGACUCGCACGGGCUCGGGAGGAGGCCGUACUGCCGACAUCCGUGGACUUUGCCGAGAAGUUGCAGCACUUGAAGAAGCAGGCCGUCUCCAGGGAGGACUUUGCGGAGGCCGGGAGGCUCAAGAAGUUGCAGGAACCCUCGCUGCAGGCUGACAGGAAAGGCGACCUGCUUGCGUUGCUAGAAGCCCUCCUGCUGAUGGAGGAGAUCUCCAAGGAUACUUCCAUGGCUGCCGAACUUCACAGUGCCUUUCAUGCGAAUGCCGCAGCGACCGCUGCCGGUGAAAGUCAGUCCAGCAACAAGCAGGAGGUACAAACCCUCCCGGAGGAGCCGCAGGUUUGCGACAAAGCUUCGCAGAGACCAGCGCCUCCAGAACAACACCGCGAAGAAUGCUCUUUGAAGAAACCCGACGGCGGCCAGCCGCCGGAGCAAGAGGACAGACCGGUGGCCAGAAGAAGCCCUGCAGUCGCCAGAGCUCCAAUGCCAGCAGAGGUGCAGUCUGGAAGGAAGCGGGCAUUCAAAGAAACGGAAGCGCCAAAGAAGGAGACCGUGGCCGUCGCAUCGGAGAAAACCCCGAGGAGUGAGGUCCAGGCGAAAAGCCCCACAAAGCAGGAGCUUUGGAUCAAAGCCUGGGAAAUGACCUGGUGGGAGGCCGAGGCCGUUGGCCAAGCCGACAACCACACCAAGGUCUACAAAAGAGCUCGCAGCAUGUGGAAGCGCUUCCUAUCUGCGUCUGAGCUCGAUGGUUGCCGUCUUCUCCGAUGUGCCAAGAUGUCGCGGGUCACGAAUGGAGUCACCAACAUGUUUUCCCGCAACGAUCAGUACCAGGAGCAUUCUGACUUGUUCAACGACAGCGAGUCUUGGUCUAUCCCGGACGACAGGAAGAAUUCAUCUGGGGAGAGAGCCUUAGAUCCCUGGAGCCGGGACGAAGUAGCACAAGUCAAGGCAAUGCUCGAUAGCGAGAUUCGGAAGGAGAAGCCUGCGGAGGUCUCAGACGGCUGGUCGCGGCAGCCGUCAGAGCGCUCAGCAGAGAAGAAGCGAAAUCGCCGGCCUCGCGACGAAGCAGGUGGCGCAUUCGACUUUCCACAAGACUGGCUGACACCGACGGCCAGCCCAGCUUUGAGGCCUGCCUGA